GGGUUCAGUUACAGAGCACAAGAUUACCAGAAUAAUUACUCCUUUUAUUUAUUUUUUUUUCUUUGGUUACAUAACAGGCUAACUUUCUUAGAUGGCAUGCUAAAUGCGUGAGAGAAGAGGAGAAAAAAAAGGUGUUGGCUGCUGCGUCCUCUCCUCUCCGGUGCGUCCUCCCCAGAUGACCCCGGGUGCCUGAUCCUGCUCUGCCGGGGUUAAAAGCUGCUCAAGCUGCAGUGGGACGGCCAAGCAGGGGAAUCUCUGCACUUUUAAUGAGCACUGCGAUCAGGCACGACGUAAAAGUCCAGGUGGAGCAAAAAGGAGCUUGCACACGCGCCUGCAGCUCCACACCAUUUUCAGGGGCGAAUAAAAGGGAAAGUGCGCAGGGAAUUAACUUUUUAAGGCGCAGAGGAUUAUUUUACCUUACCCAGGUUGUGCGGUUAUAAGGACUCUUGGCUGACCCGUUUACCCAACGCAGCACCCAUCAUGAUCAGAGGAUCGGUCCCUGUCAUCAUCUGCGCGCUGCUCCUGUCCUGCGUCUGCUGGGCCAAGCCUGGUGGAUCAAAGGGCAAGAAACCAAAGCAAGUCGUUCCAGAUAUUGAGUGUGAUGUCAGAGCAGGAAAGAUCAACCUGGAAGAGUUCAUAGCAAGAUGUCCUGCACAGUGUAAGGAAUCCAGGAUGAAGGUCUACGGGACGGACGUGUUUGCCUCCAUCUCCAGCAUCUGUAACGCAGCCAUCCACAGUGGGGUCAUCACAAACACGGGGGGCAAGGUGAUUGUGAAGAAGAUGGCCGGGCAGAACAUCUACAAAGGCAGCAACUCCAAUGGGGUUCGCUCGCUGUCCCUUCCCAAGUGGAGAGAGUCGUUUGUUGUCUCAGUGGGAAAGCCAAAGAAAGGAGUCAUCUACCCAUCUACUCUGGACUACGUUCCUUCAAGACCAACCUACGUAAACACGGGUCAAAAAGAGGACAAAUCACCUGCGGCCACCACAGCGGUGCCAACGACAACAACUCCUGUAGUUACCACCACGACGCCGGAGCCCACCACCACCACCACCACCACACCCCCCCCACCAACACCUACCACCAGGGCCCGAGCCGUCGCCCAUAAACCCCGGGAUGCAGGCAGCAGUCACCCGUACCUCGCCCAUGUGGCUGGCACAGGUUCAAGACAGUCACACAGUGGCCAAGGAAAGAGUCCCAGCCAAGUGUUUCGAGGAGGUUCCAAUCUGAGCAGAUUCCCACAACGAGUCAGUUCAGGGCUUCGUAGACCAGAGACGGGGUCAACUUCCAGGAGGCAGCCGUCCUCUCCAGUCGGCCCAGCUUAUCCCAGAAGGGAUUGGCCGCCCCCUGCUUUCCCUCGUCCCGAUUGGUUCCCUGGAGCUCGACGACCAACAGAUGUUAGCUAUCCAGUUCCAGACUCAGGAUACACAUGGAGUGAGACAGACACACCCGACAUCUCAGCUCGGGAUCACAGGCCUGAUUUCUCAGGGUAUGAGCGCUGGUAUUAUAACUUUGGACCAUACCCCCCACGGUCCACUGACCUAGAUGGCAGCCAUACAAUACCUCUGGAUUCCACCCAUACCAAAGUGGAGCCAGUGGAUGUCUGGAAGUCAGAGGCAAACGUCUAUGAAUCAGGUUUCACUGUGAAAGAACAAGACCCGGCACCCAGACCACCGGAGCCCGUGUCGCAGGGAGACCCGAACUGUAAGGUAGAUCUUGCCUUCCUGAUGGAUGGGAGCUGGAGCAUUGGGAAGCGACGUUUCAAGAUCCAGAAGGAUUUCCUGGCAGAGGUGGCUCAGGUCAUCAACGUGGGUAUCGCUGGACCCAUGAUGGGCAUCAUCCAAUACGGAGACGAUCCUGUGACGGAGAUCAGUCUGAGGACCUGCUCCAACUCCAGAGAGGUGAAGUCAGCCGUAGAUAAGAUUGUGCAGAAGGGAGGCCAGUCCAACGUGGGGAAGGCCCUCUCCUACAUCAACAAGCAGUACUUCAGCGACGGCAACGGGAACCGCGGGGCCGCGCCCAACGUGGCCGUGGUGCUGGUGGACGGCUGGCCCACGGACAAGGUGGAGGAGGCGUCCCGGCUCGCCCGUGAGUCUGGCAUCAACAUCUUCUUUGUCACCAUUGAAGGCCCUGAUGAAGAUGAGAAACAAAACCUAGUGGAGGCCAGCUUUGUUGACAAGGCUGUGUGUCGGACCAACGGCUUCUUCUCCCUCCCCGUGAACAGCUGGUUCGCCCUGAGGAAGGCCGUGCAGCCACUGGUGAAGCGCAUCUGCGACACGGACCGGCUGGUGUGCAGCAAGACCUGCGUGAACGCCAACGACAUCGCCUUCGUCAUCGACGGCUCGAGCAGCGUGGGCACCGGGAACUUCCGCACGGUACUGCAGUUCGUGGCCAACGUCACCCGGGAGUUUGAGAUCUCCGACACGGACACGAGGGUCGGCGCCGUGCAGUACACGUACGAGCAGAGGCUGGAGUUCGCCUUCGGCCAGUACGACAACAAGGCCGAGCUGCUGAACGCCAUCAAACGCAUCAACUACUGGAGCGGCGGAACCAGCACCGGCGCCGCCAUCACCUUCACGGCCGAGCAGCUCUUCAGCAAGUCCAAACCCAACAAGCGCAAGAUCAUGAUCGUCAUCACAGACGGGCGCUCCUACGAUGACGUCAGGGCACCUGCGCUGGCCGUGCACGCCCAAGGUGUGAUUGCCUACUCCAUCGGCAUCGCCUGGGCGGCCCAGGACGAGCUGGAGUACAUCGCCACGGACCCCGACAAGGAGCACUCCUUUUUCGUAGAUGAGUUCGACAACCUCUAUAAAUUUGUGCCCAAGAUCAUCCACAACAUCUGCCAGGAGUUCAACUCUCAGCCCAGGAACUGAGCGUGGGCCGGCAGGGGGGGUCGGGCGUGGAGGGGACCCGGGGGGUCUGGGCUGUCCUAACACAACACUGAUUGUAAAUGUACUCACUCUGCUGCCCAGAUGGCGGUUUCUGAAUUGGCUGUGGUGCAACGUAUUUGGAGAGGGAGGGAGUCGGCUUUAGGUGAGGAUUGUGAGUCGGAACGAAACAAAUUAAAAAAAACAGAUCACUAUUUUGUCCUAAAGUCAUUCGUGGUGCCAGUGGUGAAUCAUUUCCGUCACAUCUACAGUGUGACCCCGCGUCACUUUAAACAGCUCGGACCAGAUCUGUUUGACAAACGGUACCAAUAAGACAACCAUUAUAAAAAGGUUUGUAAGCUGAAACCAGAUCUUUAUUUAUGUUAGCAAAUAGUUUAAAAGGCUUAACAGUUCUGGUAAUAAUAUUAUUAAGAUCUGGGUUCUGAGAUACUGCUUUAGACGAUAAUUAUCCUCCAUUAACACAACAGUUUUUUUUAAGUUUUUCGUUAGAACAUUCUGCAAAUCAUCUGGUCUGAAAUGUACACAUCAACAAGUUUUCCCAUGUUUGGGUGAAGAUUUGAUGAAUUCAGAUGGACUGGGAACUUUUACUGCUUGGCAGCACGUUAAGUUGUUUCUUAAAGCGUCAGUAACUGACUUACUGACCUUAAUAAAACCCUUAAACACAAAUGCAAUAGUACCUGAUUGGGAAGUGAUGCCAGAACAGUAGUAAUGAUAAAACCACCUCACUGGGAUAUGGUAAAGCAUGCCUAACACUUCCUCUUAUGGCUUAACACUCCAUUAACUUAAUAUGGUGCUUUUAUACAAUUCUCUGCAAAGGGGAUAUACUCUCUCUUUUUUUUUUUUUUUUUUAAACACACAUGGUGAAUUUUGAUCUUCCUAAUAGGAGAGAUGUGAUAGUUGGGACAUUGUUGAAGUUCCUCUCGGAGACUAAGGUGCUGAUUUUGCUGUUGAUGUGAUUCAUAUGUGCAAACAAGAGGUGGGUGUGAGAGCUAAUCUAACAUCAAGGAACUAAGACUCGGGUGAGAAGUGAGCUCAAAAAUCUUGGUGUAGAUUUAACAGAUCAAAAUGUCUAAUGACUCAGUCUCCGAAUAGCGGUUGGUUUUAACAUUGCAGUCAUUCCUCGGUUCUGUUGAAAGAGUAUUUAUGAUUUUUAUCCCUCUUAUGCUGUUUGUACAUAUGCUUAUUAAAAGCCUUCUGCUUAUGAUGUUCAGAUAAUUGAUCAAUAUAUAAAUAUAUAUAUUUUGCAGUUUUUAAUAAAAUAAAGAAAACAUUA